GCCGGCUCUCUCCACUCCCACUUCCUGAGCCCGGCGCUGGAGCCCUGGAGGCCAGGCCCGGCCGCUCCCGGCCCCCGGGGGGCACGUCGGCCCAGCCGCCAGGCUUGGGAAGUAACGCUGCUCAGGACGUCCGGGCUUCCCACCUUCCUCCUAGGCCUCCACCCGGUCUGGUCAGCCGACCCGAAAGGCCGCCAUGCGCCUGCCCGGGGCCUCCUCUCCCUGCGGCCUGGCCUGGGGGCUGCUCCUGCUGGGACUCAGCGGGCUUCUGGUGGCCUCUCAGCCCCAGAUGGUGCCCCCAUAUCGCAUAGAAAACCAAACUUGCUGGGACCAGGACAAGGAAUACUACGAGCCCAUGCAUGACGUCUGCUGCUCCCGAUGUCCCCCAGGCGAGUUUGCCGUUGCUAUAUGCAACCACAUCCAAGACACAGCUUGCAAGACUUGCCCCCAUAAUUCCUACAAUGAACACUGGAACCAUCUCUCCACCUGCCAGCUGUGCCGCCCCUGUGACUCUGUGCUGGGCUUCGAGGAGAUUGCCCCUUGCACCAGUGAUCGGAAAGCCGAGUGCCGCUGUAAGCCGGGGAUGUCCUGUGUGUAUUUGGACAAUGAGUGUGUACACUGUGAGGAGGAGCGGCUUGUACUCUGCGGGCCUGGCACAGAGGCCGAGGUCACAGGUGAAAUUAUGGAUACUGACGUCAGCUGUGUCCCUUGUAAGCCAGGACACUUCCAGAACACUUCCUCCCCCAGAGCCCGAUGUCAACCCCAUACCAGAUGUGAGAACCAGGGACUGGUAGAGGCAGCUCCAGGGACCUCCUACUCUGAUACCAUCUGUAAAACUCCACCAGAGCCGGGAACAAUGCUGCUGCUGGUCAUCUUGCUGUCGCUGGUCUUCUUUCUGCUCUUCACCACUGUCCUGGCCUGCGCCUGGAUGAGGCACCCUUCUCUCUGCAGAAAGCUGGGUACUCUGCUCAAGCGGCAUCCCGAGGGAGAAGAAUCUCCGCCCUGCCCCCCUCCAAAAGCCAACCCACAUUUCCGAGACUUGGCAGAGCCACUCCUACCCAUGCCGGGAGACUUGUCUCCAGCCCCUGCGGGACCCCCAACGUCCCCCUCCUUGGAGGAAGUGGUGCUACAACAGCAGAGUCCCCUGGUCCAGGCCAGGGAGCUGGAGGCUGAGCCUGGGGAACAUGGCCAGGUGGCCCAUGGUGCGAAUGGCAUUCAUGUGACCGGAGGCUCUGUGACUGUCACUGGCAACAUCUACAUAUACAAUGGACCAGUGCUGGGGGGAACACGGGGCCCUGGAGACCCUCCAGCUCCCCCUGAGCCGCCAUACCCCACUCCUGAAGAGGGAGCCCCUGGCCCUUCUGAGCUGUCUACACCCUACCAGGAGGAUGGUAAAGCUUGGCAUUUGGCUGAGACAGAGACACUAGGAUGCCAAGACCUCUGACAGGGCCAAGGAACCUAUUUGCCACCCGUGCCUGAUGGCAUCUGGGAAGGGCAAGGAGGAGAGAGGGUCCAGUACCUUCAUCCUGAGGCUGCUCUACCCACCAAGACUCACAGGGUCUGGGUAGGCUCUGAGAAAUAGAACCCUAAGGAACUUGGCCUCAGACACCUCUUCAGAGCAGAACUGGACACUAGCAGGCCACAGUGCCGGCCCAGGACUCUGACUACCGCCUGAGCAAGCCUGAGGUUUUGUUGCAGACCCACCAGCUCCCAGAGGCAUCAGCCAUUGAGCCUUAGACACAGGCAAGGCUCGUGACUCCAUCAUGCCUCUCUGCACGCUAAACAUGGCAGAGGAGGGAGCUGGUCACAGGUCACUUGCAAGGACAUCCCGGGGACCUUGCAAGGCUUCGUGGUGCUCAUCCCCAACCUUCAGAGGCCUUGGGGGAUCAUACUGCGUGGACCAAGAUAGACCCUGGGUGAAGAUGAAGUCGCAUGGAGGAGCAUCCCUCCCUUGCUCCUGGGGGAGAGGAUAGUGAGGAGAGAACAGGGGCUUGGAUAGCAUUACCACGUGUGGAGGAGAGUUUGGGAACAGGAGAACGAUGACAAGUGUAUUUAUGAAUUGUAACCACAUGCGAAUAAAGACAAGAUUGAGUUCCUUUA